CUCCUAUGGUUUAGUCCAGAAAUGGCCGAAAACGCAUGUGCUACACUGACAACCUCCCGAGGAACUUUAACUAGAGAUUUACUUUGUUGUUUCUGAAGUUUAUGGUUUUCAGUGAUUGUCACUCGUGUUGACUUAAAGGUUAAAAGAGAGACAAAGUGAAUACUUGCGGUUUAAACGAGUAAUUUGAACACAAUGCCUCACAGGAAGAAGAAAUCGUUCAUCAAUAAGAAAAAUGCCGUGUCGUUCCACCUGGUGCACAGGAGUCAGAAAGACCCGCUGGCGGCUGAUGAGAAAGCGCCUCAGCAUGUCCUCUUACCUUCCACAAAGAUUGAGGUGGAGAAGAGGAGGGAGGAGCAGAGGAAGUAUGGCGUGUUUUUCGAUGAUGAUUAUGACUACCUGCAGCACCUCAGAGAGGCGUCUCAACCCGCGGAGCUCGUCUCCGCCUCACGACCUUACAGAGACUCACGACCUCUGGGUUUUGAAGAAGAAGAGGAGGAAAUGCAGGAGGAUGAGCAGGGCGAGGAAGAGAUCAUCAACAUUCCUGCAGCCUCCAUCAAGCUUCCAUCGUCUGUGUUUGCCUCCGAGUUCGAGGAAGAAGUGGGUUUAUUAAACAAAGCAGCUCCGAUAUCGGGCCCGAGGCUGGACAUGGACCCGGAUAUCGUGGCUGCCCUGGAUGAAGACUUUGACUUCGAAGAUCCUGAGAACAUCCUGGAGGACGACUUUGUCAUUAAAGCCAAUGACAUCAUGUCAGGAGACGGCAACAUGGGUGAUGGUGAUGAUGAUGAUGAUGAGUGGGAGGACACAGACGAGGGUGAGAGCGGAGAAGAGGGAGAAGACGACGACGAGCGGAGCUACGACUCUGCAGGCGGCGUGUCAGAUGAGGAGGGCGAAGCCGACAGGAGACAGUUCAUGUUCAUGGACUGUGAGACGAGGAGUCGAUUCACAGAUUACUCGCUCACGUCGUCUGUGAUGAGGAGGAACGAGCAGCUCACGCUCCUCGACGACCGCUUCGAAAAGUUCUACGAGCAGUUUGAUGAUGAUGAAAUCGGCGCUCUUGAUAAUGCAGAGCUGGAAGGAUUCAUCAACCCGUCGAGUACAAGGCUGGAGGAGAUCAUCCACGAUUACUUCAAACAGAAGGAGAAAGAGACCCAGAAGCCGGAGCAGCUUGGUCCUCCUGAACUGCCCUCACUGAAGGAGGAAGAGGAGGAGGAUGAAGAGCAGGAAAUGGAGACUCUGGUCAUUGAGGAGCCACCUGAGGAGAAAUGGGACUGUGAGACCAUCAUCAGCACAUACUCGAAUCUCUACAAUCGUCCAAAGCUGAUAGAAGACCCACCCAAGCAGAAGCAGAUUCGCGUGUCCAGUAAGACGGGGAUUCCUCUGGACGUGCUGCCUAAGAGCGGUCUGACGGCCAGGCAGGUGGAGCGCAUGGAAAGGAUCAACGACUCGGACCUGCCGCGAGUCUCCACACAGCCGCGCUCUCGAGAGGAGAGCAAAGAGGACCGCAAACUCAGGAAACAAGCUAUCAGAGAGGAGAGGAAGGAGCGACGGGUGGAGAAGAAGGCUAAUAAGGUGGCGUUUAAGCAGGAGAAACAGAAGCAAGAGAAGCAGAUGGUCAGCCUGAGGGCUAACGUACAGGGCAUGAAGCUCUCCUAAUCUCCACUGGACAUCGUAACACGUUGGACUGAAACUUUGGUGAUCUGAAUACAGAGCCAGAGACAUCUGCUGAGACGGAAGGAUAUCUUGCGCUCUGAAUUUCCUGGGCCUUUUUUUUAUCUGAUUUGUUGGCUCGGCCAUAUCUCAUAUCAAAGUGUGAAGUCAAGUUAGUACUAAUUAACUUGAGAUACAUCUUAUCAGGGACUUAUCACUGUUGCACCCACUGCUAGCUUGGUGAGGAGCAAACUACCAUGAGUAAUAUCCAUAAAGGGGGAUUAUUCACAUGCUAUUACUGGUGGGACUCCCAGCUAGGAUGUACAGAGUGAUCCAGGCUUAUCUAACAUUACCCUUUGUUGAGUUUCUGAAAGGUUUAUUAUUGAAAUUCAAAUAAACCUGGUCUGUGGUUUUAUAUGCCAUACAGUUCACAAUA